AUGAACGGCUACGAGGGAUACAACAACGGCGGCUACGGCGAGAAGCAGGGCUAUAACGGAGGCCACAACAAUGGCGGAUACAGCAACGGGGGCUACGAACAGAACCAGGCCCAGGCCCAGGACCAGAAGCCGCACGCGCGCGUCGACGACGAUGCGUUUGGGCCCAAGGCGGGCAGCAGCAUUGUCAGCGCCUUUGACGCAUUCCCCAAAUCCAAACCGCAGUAUGUGCAGCGGACAUCGGGCGGCGGCAAGUGGACGGUGGCCAUGGUCGUGGUGUCCGUGAUCCUCUUCUGGUCGGAGCUGGCGCGGUGGUGGACGGGCGCCGAGGAGCACACGUUUGCCGUCGAAAAGGGCGUCGGCCGCACGAUGCAGAUCAACCUGGACAUCCUCGUCAAGAUGCACUGCGACGACCUCCACAUCAACGUCCAGGACGCCGCCGGCGACCGCAUCCUGGCGGCGUCGCUGCUGCAGCGCGACGCCACCACGUGGCAGCAGUGGGUGGACGCGCGCGGCAUCCACCGGCUGGGCCGCGACGCGCAGGGCCGCCUCGUCACGGGCGAGGGGUGGACGACGCUGCCGCACGAGGAGGGCUUCGGCGAGGAGCACGUGCACGACAUUGUGGCGCUGGGCCGGCGGCGCGCGCGCUGGGGCAAGACGCCCAAGCUGCCGUCGAGCGCCCACGGGCAGGGCGACAGCUGCCGCGUCUACGGCAGCCUCGACCUCAACAAGGUGCAGGGGGACUUCCACAUCACGGCGCGCGGCCACGGCUACAUGGGCGUCGGCGACCACCUCAACCACCUCGACCACAACGCCUUCAACUUCUCGCACAUUAUCAACGAGCUCUCGUUUGGGCCCUUUUACCCGUCCCUCGUCAACCCCCUCGACCAGACGGUCAACGGCGCCACCGCGCACCUCCACCGCUUCCAGUACUUCAUGUCCGUCGUCCCCACCGUCUACAGCGUCGGGCGCCCCGGCCGCCGCGGCGCCCGCGCCAUCUUCACGAACCAGUACGCCGUCACCGAGCAGAGCGCCGAGAUUGACGACCGCAACAUCCCCGGCAUCUUCUUCAAGUACGACAUUGAGCCCAUCCUGCUCAACAUUGUCGAGUCGCGCGACGGCUUCUUGCUGUUUGCCCUCAAGAUUGUCAAUGUCCUCAGCGGCGCCCUGGUGGCCGGCCACUGGGGCUUCACGCUGUCCGACUGGGUGCACGAUGUGCUGCAGCGGCGGCGGCGGCGCAGCGGCUCGGCCGCGGACGGUGUUCUGGGCAAGAAGGCGGCGGAGUAG